CCCAAUCAUUUGGCGGAGACGUGUCUCGCAGUCAGCAUCCUUCUGUCAUGGCGUCUACUUGGUCUAACCUAGUUGUUAACCUGCACCUUCUGACUGUUUUAUUCCUGCUGGCGUUAUGUCUGCCUACCGGAGGAGGACAGAAGAAGAAAGAGAACCUGCUGUCUGAAAAGGUUGAACAGAUGAUGGAGUGGUCUUCUCGGCGGUCUGUCAUCCGGAUGAAUGGGGACAAGUUCCGCCGUUUCGUCAAGGCCCCACCCAGGAACUACUCUGUUAUCGUCAUGUUCACCGCUCUGCAGCCUCAAAGGCAGUGUUCUGUUUGCAGACAAGCAAAUGAAGAAUACCAGGUACUGGCAAACUCCUGGCGUUAUUCAUCUGCAUUUUCCAACAAGCUCUUCUUCACCGUUGUCGACUACGAUGAAGGAGCUGAUGUCUUUCAGCAGUUGAACAUGAAUAGUGCUCCAACUUUCAUGCAUUUCCCUGCAAAGGGAAAACCUAAAAGGGCUGAUACGUUUGACCUGCAGAGGAUCGGCUUCGCCUCGGAGCAGCUGGCCAAGUGGAUUGCUGAUCGCACAGAUGUUCAGAUCCGUGUUUUCCGUCCUCCAAAUUAUUCUGGGACUAUUGCUUUGGCUCUGUUGGUUUCUCUGGUUGGAGGUUUAUUGUAUCUCAGGAGAAACAACUUGGAAUUCAUAUAUAACAAGACUGGAUGGGCCAUGGCUGCAUUGUGUGUGGUUUUUGCAAUGACGUCUGGACAGAUGUGGAAUCACAUUCGAGGUCCUCCCUACGCCCACAAAAAUCCUCAGAAUGGACAAGUGAGUUAUAUUCAUGGCAGCAGCCAGGCUCAGUUUGUGGCCGAAUCUCACAUCAUCCUUCUUCUGAAUGCUGCUAUCACCAUGGGAAUGGUUCUGCUCAACGAAGCUGCCACCUCUAAGGGAGAUGUUGGCAAGAGAAGGAUCAUCUGCCUAGUCGGCCUUGGGCUGGUAGUGUUUUUCUUCAGCUUCCUGCUCUCCAUCUUCAGGUCCAAGUACCACGGAUACCCCUACAGCUUUCUUAUUAAGUAAAAUGCAGACUGAAGAGGACGUCAGAGGAUGAUGAAGAGGCAGUAUAGGUUGAAGAAGAGUGAAGAACAUAUUUGGAAAAAAAACUGUCACUGUGGAGAGGGAUUUGUGGGAUUUCUCGUUUGUGUUUUACUACUUAUAACCUGCUGUCAUGAAACCUUUAGGUGUGAAAAAUCAUGUUUUGUUUCUUUGUAAUGUUGGAAAUAAAGAUAUUUGGCAUGUCUGUGCUCUUUGUAUAUGUUUUUCUAUGCAGGUAAAAUUACUUUGCAAGUUAGUCAAUGUGAAGGUAAUCUAAGGAUGUUUUACAUUUUCAAUGAAUCCAUUAAAGCAUAUUUCUAACACCUGCUCCACAUUUAAAGCUCAAUUCAAAAGCACUGAGGUUUUUUUUCAGGAGGGAUGUUUAUAAAUUAGCAGGAAAAUGUCUGUAAAUUUAAAUUUUAUAACUACUUGA